UUCGACUCGAUGCUGAGUGGUUGUCUGUUUGGGCUCUCUCUUCUACACACACGCACACACUUUCUCAACAUAUUUAACAAAAUAUUCGUAACUUAAUUUUAUACGUAACGAAGAAAAGAAUUUUUUUUUUUAAUCUCUGAGUAUAAUUUUUUUUAAAAACAAUUACAUACAAAUAAUAUAUACAUUCACGCAUACAUAUAUGCACGCACACCGGUUAAGUGUAAUUCAUUCGCACGCUUGAGUCAAGUGUGUAUUUCAGUUGAACAUUUUUGACGUGUGUAAUCACCACUUCCAUUAUUUCUUAGUGUUUGUGUGAAUGUUAUAACAUUAUACUUUUAAUUUUGUUGUCAUCGCUAUUUCAUUUCGGCUCCAUUCAUUUAAUCAAAAAUCAUUGCUAUAUUCGAUCGUAUUAUCAACAAGCUUUUGUGUGUUUAUUACAUCUUCACUACUUCUCUUCGGCGGCCCCCAUUAAAAAACAGCUACCAAGAUUUUGUAUUACAUGUGCAGAGAGAUCAUUUCUAUUCCAGCGUUCAAUCUUAUUGGAUUUCAAAAGUAGGAACCGAAAACUGUCACUUAUAAAAGGCUGCAGACUUUAAAGUACUAUAUUUUUGCGUGUGUCUUCUUUGGUUGUGAUCAACUUUCCAAUCUCUUUUUUUGUUCAACACGUUCAUUCACCCAAAAAUAUUCAUUCAGUCAAAACUACUUUACAAAAGCAUAUCAAUCAUAACAUAACACGAAUAUUAAGUUUUUAAAGAUGAUUAAAUCAGUUAUUUUACUGUCGUGCCUUGUCGCAAUCAUCAGCUGUGAAGCAGAGCUGAAGGUAGAAAAAUUAUUUAUACCCGAGAUUUGUGCAAAUAAAUCGAAAAACGGUGAUAUGCUUACAAUGCAUUACACGGGCACAUUGACUGACGGCAACAAAUUCGACUCAAGUUUGGACCGAGAUCAACCAUUCUCAUUCCAAAUUGGCAGCGGACAAGUGAUCAAAGGGUGGGAUCAAGGACUCCUGGAUAUGUGUGUCGGUGAAAAGAGAAAGUUAACAAUUCCACCCACAUUGGGCUAUGGUGAUCGUGGUGCUGGAAACGUGAUCCCAGGUGGUGCCACGUUAAUUUUCGAAGUUGAACUAUUAGAUAUUGGAAACUCACAACCAACUACUAAUGUCUUCAGAGAGAUCGAUGAAAAUAAAGACAACCAAUUGAGCCGCGAAGAGGUAAAAGUUUAUGUGAGCGAAUACUUGAAAAAACAAAUGGUUGCUGUUGACGGUCAGGAAACAGAAGAAGUCAAAAAUAUGCUGAAAGAACAUGAUAAAUUAGUAGAAGAAAUCUUUCAACAUGAAGACAAAGACAAGAAUGGACUGAUUUCACACGAAGAAUUCUCAGGUCCCAAACAUGACGAGCUCUAGAAUUUAUUUUGAUCUAUUUCAACACAUACAUGGAAAAAACGAGACUAAAAUAAAUAAUUUUCCAUGAGACUCUUUUUACUGUACUCAAUUUAAAUUUUAAACAUAUCGGUAGAUUUUCUGUUACAUAAAUUGAAAUAA